AAAGUGAAACCCAGAGGGACAUGUGUCUGUGUCUUUCAGCUGUCUCCAUACGACAACCUGCUGCUCUGCCAGCCGGUCUCGUCUCCGCUCCCACUCAGUGGUGCGAGUUACCUGAAGCUGCUGCAGAACCUCGGUCCAGAAAACGCCUGCACGCUGCUGCUCGCCGUCCUCACCGAACACAAGCUGCUGCUGCACUCGCUGCGACCCGACGUCCUCACCUCCGUCAGCGAGGCCCUGGUCUCAAUGAGUUUCCCUCUGCGCUGGCUCUGUCCCUACAUCCCUCUGUGUCCGCUGCAGAUGGCCGAUGUGCUGCUGGCGCCGAUGCCCUUCAUCGUGGGCGUCCACUCCAGCUACUUCGACCUGUAUGACCCCCCCACGGACGUGGUGUGUGUCGACCUGGACACCAACACCAUCUUCCAGUCGGAUGAAAAGAAGCCGCUGUCGUGGCGAUCGUUACCCAGGAAGCACGGAAAGACUCUGUUCAACGCGCUCACCAGCCUCUACAAGACCCUGGAGAAGAUUUGCACCCCCGGCCAGGAGGAGGCAACGUUGGAGUUCCUGCUGACCGACUACGAUCAGAUCUACAGGCGUCAGAAGCAGCUGGAGCUGGAGAUCCAGGAGGUGUUUCUGCGUUUCAUGAGCUGCCUGCUGCGAGGAUACCGCUCCUUCCUGCUGCCAAUCACUCAGGCUCCGUCUGACACCACCACUGACUGCAGUUCCCUGUUCAACCUGCAGGGCUUCCUGAAGUCUCGUGAUCGGACGCAGCAGAAGAUCUACGUCCAGCUGACGAGGACCCAGAUGUUCACUCAGUUCAUCGAGGAGUGCUCCUUCGUCAGUGACCGUCACGCCUGCCUGGAGUUCUUUGACGAGUGCGUCCAGAAGGUGGACGUGGAGAAGCCGGAGGAGGUGAGGCUCAUCGAUCUGGACGAGACUUACAGCGGAGAGCACACAGUCUUCAUCAUGCCCCCUGAAGAACCACAGGAACCGGACGGGUCAGAGUGCGCUGCCCUCUACAGCUAUGAAACCUUCCCCACGCUGAGGCCUGAGCUCUUCGACCAGCCGCAGGACCAGCUCCGUGUCCCGGCUAAAGGCAGCGCCCCCAGCAGCCCCGCCCCUCGACGCACCAAACAGGAGAUAAAGUUGGCUCAGAAGCGAGCUCAGAAAUACUCUGCCGUCCCCGACAUGUGGUCCAAGUGUCUGCUGGGCCACUGCUACGGCCUCUGGUUCCUCUACCUGCCCACCUUCGUUCGGGCGGAGAGUGCCAAGGUCCGCACCCUGCACACGGCCUACGACGUCCUCAAACACAUGGAGAACCGCAAGGUGGUGCUGCCGGACGAGGUGUGUUAUCGGAUCCUGAUGCAGUUGUGUGGUCAGUACGGGCAGCCGGUCCUCGCUGUUCGAGUCCUGCUGGAGAUGAAGAAGGCGGGAAUCACACCCAACACCAUCACCUACGGAUACUACAACAAGGUCCACACACACACACACA